AUGGCUGCAAGCCCGACUCAGGCUACAACCGUCGAGCGGCCACUCGCGGAUACCUAUGUUCAGUCCUGCCAGUCAACGAAUUAUGGUACCCAGCAGGUUUUGGUCAACAAGCGCUACUCCGACGGCUGGUGCGGCACUCGAUACUCGUUCCUGCAAUUCAGCGUUCCUUGCGAUGCUCAGGAUGCAACGCUCCUGCUGUGGCCGACUGACUAUGCUGCUGGUACCUUUCCAAAGGUGGCCGUCUUCACGGUGCAGAACGCGUGGUCGGAAAGCACCACUAUUUGGUCCAACCACCCUGGCUGGCAGGAGCAGGUUUGCGAUUAUCAGGCAUACCCAGGCCCAGUCGGGCAGGCGUUCGCAUGCACCGUUCCACAGGCGAAACUCGCCGGUAAGAACACCAUCUCGUUUGCGUUGGUUGCAGAAUGGAUGUGGGCGGGGGGCAGUAGUUUUUGGUCUCGCGAAGCCCUCGACGAGAGCACCAGACCGUCGCUGGUGUUCCAGUGUCCUACUGCAGCACCCACGACGGCCCCGACGAGCAGCCCGACCUCGUCCCCGACGCCCAGUCCGACGAGCAGCCCGACAAGCAGCCCGACCUCCAGUCCGACCGCGUCACCGACGUCCAGUCCGACGAGCAGCCCGACCUCCAGUCCGACCGCGUCCCCGACGUCUAGUCCGACGAGCAGCCCGACCUCCAGUCCGACCUCGUCCCCGACGUCCAGUCCGACGCCUUCGCCGACUGCGGCCCCGACGAGCAGUCCGACGAGCAGCCCGACCUCCAGUCCGACCGCGUCCCCGACGUCCAGUCCGACGAGCAGCCCGACCUCCAGUCCGACCUCGUCCCCGACGUCCAGUCCGACGCCUUCGCCGACUGCGGCCCCGACGAGCAGUCCGACGAGCAGCCCGACCUCCAGUCCGACCGCGUCCCCGACGUCCAGUCCGACGAGCAGCCCGACCUCCAGUCCGACCUCGUCCCCGACGUCCAGUCCGACGCCUUCGCCGACUGCGGCCCCGACGAGCAGCCCGACGAGCAGCCCGACCUCCAGUCCGACCGCGUCCCCGACGUCCAGUCCGACGAGCAGCCCGACCUCCAGUCCGUCCUCGUCUUUCCCAGGGACGGUGGCGACGAGUUCGGCCGUUGGCGAUCCCCAUAUGAAGAAUGUAUACGGUGAGCGUUUUGAUUUGAUGGCGCCAGGCAAACAUGUUCUUAUCAACAUUCCUCGUGGAGAGCGCGCUGAAAAAGCAUUGCUUCGCGUGCAGGCCGAUGCACGCCGAUUGGGUAAACAGUGCACGGAUCUAUAUUUCCACGAUUUGAACGUGACCGGAUCUUGGGCAGAGGCAGAACAAGUCGGAGGUUUUCAUUACAGCGCAUCGCAGAGCGAGGUCGAGGUUCCUAAGUGGGUUACUUUGGGCAAGAUAGAGCUGAAGGUCGCUCGUGGGCAUACGGACGGCGGCAUGUCAUAUUUGAACGUGUACGUCAAGCAUUUAGGCCGAGCUGGGUUUGCUGUCGGAGGUCUUCUAGGCGAGGACGACCACAGCGACGCGAGCACGCCGGAGGUUGGGUGCGUGGAAUUUGUGAAUCUACGGUAUCUGCACACGGUUCGCAGUGGCUCCCGACGGUCUCGAUUGCAGAGGGAACAUACGUUUAAGCUUGUUUUCCAGCAGGUGUUCUUGUUGUUUCAGUUGCGCAGUAGUUUAUGA